AUAGGCCCAUCUUGACAACCCUCACCCUCUGGACACUGUUUCAAGAUGCCUCACAAGUCCCUGUACCCUUCCAUUCCCAUCCCAGAGGUGGACAUCUUCACCUUCCUCUUUGCCCGUGGCCCCUCCUCUCAGCCCCUCCGCACCGCCGCCACUGACUUUGGCCGCGGCCUCAAGGCCCAUUGGCGCUGGCGGCGCGGCGACGUCCUCGCAUUCUACACUCCCAAUGACGUAGACACACCUGUCCUCACCUGCGGCGUCCUCUGGGCCGGCGGCGUCGCCUGUCCCGCCAACCCGCUCUACACCGCCCGCGAGCUUGCCCACCAGCUCACCGACUCCGGCGCCCGCGCCCUUGCCACUCAUGCUGACUUCCUCGACCGGGCGCGCGAGGCUGCGGCAUUGGCUGGGCUUCCCGAGGACAAGAUCAUUCUGCUCGGCGGGCGCGGCGACCCGGAGGGAAAGGUGAGACAGUGGAGCUCCUUGCGCCCGACGGCAUAUACGGGGUGGUAUGCCAAGACGAAAGUUCGGGCGAGGCGCGACCUGGCGUUCCUCGUCUAUAGCUCUGGCACGACUGGCAUGCCCAAAGGGGUGCGACUCACGCACUACAAUAUCGUGGCCAACAUGCUGCAGAACGGCGAGAUGGACGGUGCACAUCUCAGGCCGUCUGGCGGUCCAGGCGGGACCGGCGAUCGGAUGCUGGGUGUGCUACCCUUUUUUCACAUCUACGGUCUCGUCAAUUGCGUCUUCAUGAGCAUCUACGCUGGCUGGCAGCUCUUUAUCAUGUCGCGCUUCGACCUAGAGAAGGCUUGCCGCAUCAUCCAAGACAACAGCAUCACCUUCGCUUACGUCCCACCGCCUAUCGUCCUAGCCCUAGGCAAGGACCCGGCUGUCGACAGGUACAACCUAACGUCCCUUAAGAUGCUGCACAGCGGCGCCGCACCGCUCACCAACGAGCUUCUCGAACUGUUCUGGGGCCGGUUGCGGCUGCCUGUCAAGCAGGGCUAUGGGCUUUCCGAGACCAGUCCCGUCACGCAUGUCCAGAUGCCAGAUGAGUGGGCCAAGUUCAUGGGCUCCGUCGGGAAGCUGGUCCCUAACAUGGAGGCCAUGAUCGUCGACCUCGAGGGAAAUGAGGUUGCCCCGGAUGAGGAGGGCGAGCUGUGGCUAAAGGGCCCAAAUGUCUUUGGGGGCUACUUUAAGAACUCUGAGAAGACCAAGGAAGCCUUCUCGCCCGACGGCUGGUUCAAGACAGGAGAUAUCUUCAAGGUUGACAAGCACGGCAACUAUUACUGUGUCGAUCGGCUUAAGGAGCUGAUCAAGUAUAAGGGCUUCCAGGUCCCGCCAGCCGAGCUCGAGGGCCUACUACUAGGCCACCACGACGUCGCAGACGUCUGCGUGAUUGGGGUCUACGACAACAACCAGGCCACUGAGCUGCCACGUGCCUACGUCGUCCUCAACUCCGGCGUACAGGCCAGCGACGACAAGGCCAGGGAAAUCGCCGAGUGGAUGGCCCCCAAAGUCUCUCCCCACAAGCGCCUGCGCGGCGGUGUGUUUUUCAUUGAUGCGGUGCCCAAAUCGCCGAGCGGCAAGAUAUUACGCAGGAUCAUGAGGGACAGGGCAAAGCAGGAAGAGAGGAAGGCUGGUCCGAGACUGUAGAGCCCGCGGAGACGGCGCACCUCCUGAAAGGUAGGGCGUAUAAGAAAUGUGGUGUGGCCUUCUUUCGGCGUUGUAGAAUUGGCAUAGAGCUCUCUCUAUCUCUAUAUAUAGACCUCUAAGGUAUAUAGCCAAGCAUUGCGGACAUCCCAAACACAAUGUUGCUCUUUUCGUUCUCGGAUACAUAUGCACAUGGACGCCGUCUAGGCCAUCCUUUCGGACUCCUCGAGUAGCUUCUCGACGCUAAACCGGCUGUCUCCCGCGCCAAACCACUCCAGCAGCCUCCGCCUCUCCUCCUCCCUCUCCUUGCUGAGCUCCUCCUUUCCCUCCCCGUCCCAGCCACCGUAGAACCUCUGCAAGCAC